AUGACUUCCCAAUGUGCCAUAAACCCAAUCCCACAUUGUUUUCUUGCAGAUGAGAGAGGGCAGGAUCACCUGAGAGCUGCAAAACUCAACCUGGUGGAUCUGGCUGGAAGCGAGAGGCAGUCCAAAACCGGAGCCACAGGGGAGCGUCUCAAAGAAGCCACCAAAAUUAACCUCUCUCUCUCAGCUCUGGGCAAUGUCAUCUCAGCCCUGGUAGAUGGCAGGUGCAAACACAUCCCCUAUCGAGACUCAAAGCUGACCCGGUUGCUGCAGGACUCCCUUGGAGGAAACACCAAGACCCUCAUGGUGGCCUGCCUGUCUCCUGCUGAUAACAACUACGACGAGAGCCUCAGCACUUUGCGCUACGCCAACCGGGCAAAGAACAUCAAGAACAAGCCCCGUAUCAAUGAGGAUCCCAAAGAUGCUCUGCAGGAGUAUCAGGAGGAGAUCAGGAAGCUGAAGGCCAUUUUGGCUGAACAGAUGAACACAAAUAACUUGUCAGGUCUGUUACCUGCUGAGACUGCUCAGCUGGAAGUGAAGCCAGCUCUCCUACCUGAACCCCAGCCAGAUGUCGAGGCAGAGAAGCAGCUGAUCAGAGAAGAGUAUGAGGCGAAACUGGCCCGGCUGAAGGCAGACUAUGAAGCCGAGCAAGAGUCCCGCGCCCGACUUGAGGAGGACAUCAAUACCAUGCGGACUUCCUACGACCGCAAGCUGUCCACUCUGGAGGAAAACCUCAGGAAGGGUGGGGUGGCAAUUGGCAGCUGUUCUGCUCGCAGAUGUGAUGCUGUCCUGAGGGUUGAAACUCUCCCUGACCAGGCACCUUUGUCUCCAGGCCCUGUUGUCGCCGUCACAGAAACAGAACAGGUGUCCACCAAGGACACAGCAGAGCCUCAGAUAGCCCAGUACGUCGGGAGUGUGACCAGAGAGAGUCCUGGAGCAGAAGUGGCCAUUGCUGCUGAGGAACUUCCAGUGGCUGUGGACCAGCAGCAAGUGCUUGCCAGGCUGCACAUGCUGGAACAACAGGUGGUUGGAGGAGAACAGGCCAAAAACAAGGACCUGAAGGAAAAGCACAAACAUCGGAAAAAAUAUGCAGAUGAACGGAAGAAGCAGCUGGUGGCAGCGCUGCAGAAAAUUGAUGAGGACAGCAGUGACUGGGUCUUGCUCAAUGUCUAUGACUCUAUCCAAGAGGAGGUGCGAGCCAAGAGCAAGCUGCUGGAGAAGAUGCAGAAGAAGCUGCGAGCUGCUGAGACCGAAAUCAAAGACUUGCAGUCAGAGUUUGAGUUGGAGAAGAUUGAUUAUCUUGCCACCAUCCGCCGACAGGAGCGGGACUGCUUGCUCUUUCAGCAGCUUCUGGAUCAGGUGCAGCCCCUCAUACGGCGUGACUGUAACUAUAGCAACCUAGAUAAGAUCAGAUGCGAGUCCAUCUGGGAUGAGGACAGCGGCUGCUGGAAACUCCCAGAGCUUGUCAUUCAAAAAACCAGUCUUCCCGCAGUUCCAUCACUGCCACAGACUAAGCCAGCCAGGAAGAGCGCCUCAGGCGAGAACGGAGAGCUGCUGAUGCAGGAAGAAGACCGCUACAAACUGAUGCUGAACAGGAGUGACAGUGAGAAUAUUGCCAGUAACUAUUUCCGGUCCAAGCGAGCCAGCCAGAUCCUCAGUGCUGAUCCUAUGAAGAGUCUUGAUAGAGGCUUUGACCUCACCUUCAGGACUGCUGAUGACCCUGGCCUGUCCCUCAUAAAAUAUGGAGAAUUUCUGUAUGACAACUUGAUUAUUUUCUCCCCAUCUGUAGAAGAUUUUGGCGGAAACAUCAAUGUGGAGACAAUUACUGCUUUCAUCGACGGAGGCGGAAGUGUCCUUGUGGCUGCCAGUUCUGACAUUGGUGAUCCUCUGCGAGAGCUGGGCAGUGAGUGUGGAAUAGAGUUUGAUGAGGAAAGGACAGCAGUCAUUGACCAUCACAACUAUGAUAUCUCAGACCCAGGCCAGCACACGCUCAUUGUCGCAGACUCUGAAAAUCUGCUGAAGGCUCCCACCAUUGUGGGGAAAACUCCAUUAAACCCUGUUCUCUUCCGAGGAGUUGGUGUGCUGAAAACACCAAAUUCUUGGUAAGAGUCUCUUACCUGGAGAUCUACAAUGAAGACAUAAGAGAUUUGCUAGGAGCCGACACCAAGCAAAAGUUGGAGGUUGGACGGUCCACCGUUCAGGAGCUGGCACUGCUUUCAGACGGG